AUGCCGCGCCUUUCGUCAAGUCGCCGCAGGCGCUUUGAUACGGAAGACGCAGAGGACGGCGACGACGACGCGAGGAAUGGUGUUGGGUCACAAACCUCGGACUCGUCCAAACGCCGGCGACUGGAUCCCGCGUCAGACAGCGAGGGAGAUGCUGGCCCGUCAGCGCCGGCUGCAGGGCCGGCAAAUGGCCUGUCGAACGGUGACACUAUGCAGGACUUCCAACCCGGCGCCAUUGUGCGUGUGACGGUCCAGAAUUUCGUCACAUACGAAAAGGCCGACUUCUUUCCGGGGCCACAUCUAAACAUGGUCAUCGGCCCCAACGGGACUGGCAAGAGCUCGCUCGUCUGCGCCAUUUGCCUUGGCCUAGGCUACAGCCCGAAGCACCUGGGACGAGCAGGGUCGGUCAAGGAGUUUGUCAAACACGGCAAGGACACGGCCACCAUCGAGACCGAACUUCAGAAGAAGCCCGGAGACCGGAGCAACUACGUCAUCAAAGUCCAGAUCCGCCGCGAACAAAACAGUCAAAAGUGGUGGCUCAACGGAAAAGAGACGAGUCACAAGAAAAUACAGGAGCUGAUGAGGUCUCUGAAGAUUCAGGUGGAUAAUCUGUGCCAGUUCCUGCCCCAGGACCGGGUCGUUGAAUUCGCCGCCUGUACGCCCGUUGAUCUACUCCACGAGACUCUUCGCGCCGCCGCCCCGGAAGAAAUGCUCCUGUGGCAGGGCCAACUGCAAGAGAUGCACAGGGAAAAGAAGGAGCUGGCCAACGCCGUCCACGUCGAUGCGGAUGCCCUGAAAACCAUGGAGAAUCGCCAGCAAGGUCUCCAGGCAGACGUGGAUAGGAUCCGCGAAAGAGAGGAGAUACAGGAAAAAGUCCGGGAUCUGCAGGCGGCCUUGGUCUUGGCCAGAUACACGGAAGCGCGAGACAACCAUGGCAAGGCGAGAGAGCGCAAGAAAGAGGCAGAACGGGCUUUGCGGCUGCUGGAAUCCGAAAGCGGACCGUCCCUUGAGGCCGUCAAUAUGAAACAAGAAUAUGCCCAUCAGAUAGAGGCCGUGAUACCGGUCAAGGAGAAGGCUGUCAAAGACGCCGAACACGCUGCACAGGACGCUGCUCGCGAAAUCACAGCCGCGGCGGAGCUGGCCAAGGAAAUGAACAACAGGCUAGACGCCGAGCGCAAGGGGUUCGAAUCGAAAAGGAAGGACUUGGCUGCUUCAAGGUCGAAGAUCACGGCGUUCCAAGCGGACCUCAGGAACAGGCCAGCCGACUUCAACGCCGGGGAUUGGAACCAGAAAAUCCGCGCCGAGGAACACAAGAUGAGAGAGAUGGAGUCAGAGCAUCGCCAAAUCUCGUCAGACAGAGAUGCGACCAAAGAACACGCGAAGCGUCUGAACGUCGACAUUUCCACGAUAAAAGCCGAGCUCGAUGCUUUUGAUACCCAGCAAGGACAGCAGAUUUCAUUCAUGCGCAAGUACUUUCCCGAAGCAUCGACCGGCUGGGAGUGGAUCAAGGAACACCAAGGCGAAUUUGAGAAGGAGGUAUUUGGGCCCCCAAUGAUCAGCUGCUCGGUGAAAGACGAGCGGUACACGGAUCAGAUACAAGCUCUCCUCCAAAUCGACGACCUGGUAUGCUUUACGGCCCAGACCAAGAAUGACUACAAGAAGCUCACGAAUCAGCUGUAUCGAGUGUUGAGUUUGUCGGUCGUGGUCCGAACAUGUUCAAGCCCUCUAUCUGCAUUUCAGGCCCCCGUUGACGGUGCUGAACUGACCCAGCUUGGUCUGGAUGGAUUUGCCAUUGACUGUCUGGAUGGGCCGGAGCCCGUCUUGGCGAUGCUUUGUGCCGAGAAGCGACUGCACAUGUCGGGCGUGGCUCUCGAGGACCACAACGAGCAAGCCUACGACAGGCUCAUCAACAAUGGCAAAAUCAACCAAUGGGCAGCGGGUAGACAGACAUUCACGGUCCGCCGUCGCAGAGAAUACGGCCCCCAGGCUAUGACGACAAUCACCAAAAACAUUCCGAAUGGACGGUUUUGGACGUCACAGCCCGUUGACAUGCAGGAGAAGAAGGAUUUGGAGCGACGCCUGGCAGAAGUACACAGCGAGAAAGGGAUACUCAAAGAAGAGCACGACAAGCUCAAGGAAAGACUCGACGGCAUUGAGGAGAAGAAGAAGGAAAUCACUGACAAGAUUGCCGAACUACGAAGGGAGAAGAGCGCGUUGCAAAAGGAAUUCCAAAAGUGGCAGAGUCUGCCCGUAAAGAUAGGCUGGGAAGAAUCGGAAGAGCGGCAAAAGGCGAUGCAUGAGGAGGCCCUGAGAGAGGCUAGAAAGAACAUGCAGGAGACUCAGUAUGAAUGGGACAAGGCAGUCGUCAAGCGUGCAAAGCUCGUCAUCAGUCACAAGAAACUCGCCGACAAGAUCCGCGAAGCCCACCUGAGCCUGGUCGAGGCAAAAAUCUGGCUGAUGGAAGCGAAUUCCGAUGUCGAGGGCCUCAAGGAGCGCAAUGCUUCCAUAAUGGGUCAGCUGGAAGAGGAGAGACGGAACGUACGGGCAGCCGCGGAGGAGACGAAUCGCACCAAGGACAUUGGGCGUCGACUGGGUGAGACGGUUAGGGAGCUCCUCGCCCGGGACGAGGCCCGACGCGAGGUGUAUGGCCAGCUCGCCGACGGCAAGUCGCCUCACGAAGUUGAGAUGGAGAUUGGAGCCGAGGAAGCCAAGCUGGAGCUCAUCCACGACGCCAACCCGAAUGUGAUUCGAGAGUUUGAACGGCGCGCAGAGGAAAUCGCCCGGCUCAAGCGCAAGAUGGAGGGAGCCAACGAGAAGCUCGAGGCGUUGAACGCGCAGCUUGGCCGGGUCAUGAGCAAGUGGGAGCCCAGGCUAGAGGAGCUCGUGUCCCAGAUCAACGACGCGUUUGCGUACAACUUCGAGCAGAUAAGCUGCGCGGGCGAAGUGCGCGUGCACAAGGAGGACGACUUCUCGCAAUGGGCUCUGGACAUCAUGGUCAAGUUUCGCGAGAACGAAGCGCUGCAACAGCUGACGGCACAUCGCCAGUCGGGCGGCGAACGGGCCGUGUCGACGAUUUUCUACCUCAUGGCGCUCCAGUCUCUGGCGCAGUCGCCGUUUCGCGUGGUGGACGAAAUCAACCAGGGCAUGGAUCCUCGCAACGAGCGCAUGGUGCACGAGCGCAUGGUGGAAAUUGCGUGCCGCGAGCACACGAGCCAGUACUUCUUGAUCACGCCCAAGCUGCUGACUGGGCUGCGGUACGACGCCAAGAUGAGAGUGCUGUGCAUUGCGAGCGGGGAGUACAUGCCCAAGGAGGGGAGAAAGGUGGAUUUCGCGACGUGCUUGAAGAUUCAAAGGAGGCUGACGGCGGCGGGUGGAUGA